AUGCGUCGUGAUAUUCGAAUACUACUUGUGGGAGAUGAGGACGUCGGAAAGAGCACCAUUGUCACUUCUCUCAUCAAGGAGGCCUUUUUGCCACAAGUUCAAGAUGUAGUACCAGAAGUGACUAUACCCCCUGAGGUCACCCCCGAGAAUGUGACGACAUACAUUGUCGACUCUUCAUCUGCACCGCAGAAUCGAACACAUCUUGAAAUAGAGCUCCGUAAAGCUCAUGCGAUCUGCAUCGUCUACUCAAUAGACAACCCAGGCUCAUUUGACCGGAUACCCACAUAUUGGUUGCCUUACUUCCGCUCAUUAGGUGUAAAUGUCCCAGUAAUCCUAGUUGGGAACAAGAUUGACUUGCGCGGAGGAGAGGUUACUAAUGAGGAGUUGGAGGGCGAAGUACGGCCAAUAAUGAAUGAGUUCAAAGAAGUGGAAACAUGUGUUGAAUGCUCAGCAAAGAUUCCACUCAAUGUCUCAGAAGUAUUCUACUUUGCCCGCCAAGCAGUCCUUCAUCCAACGGCGCCUUUGUAUGACUCUCGUGAACAUAUUCUCAAACCCGCAUGCGUAGAGGCUCUCAGACGGAUAUUCAAGAUUUCUGACGUGGACAAGGACGGCGUUCUUGACACACACGACCUCAACGAAUUCCAGCUUCGUUGUUUUGGUUCUCCCCUUCAGCAGCAAGAACUCGAGGGCAUUAAAGAUGUAGUCCGACGGGAACUACCUGCCGAUUCGGGUGUAAGAGGGGAUGGUAUCACCGAAAUUGGAUUUCUAUAUCUCCAUACGAUAUUCAUACAGCGAGGACGUCUCGAAACGACCUGGACAGUACUGCGAAAGUUUGGAUAUGCCGAGGAUCUACGUCUCACGGAGUCAUAUCUAUCGCCAAGGUUCGACGUCCCGUAUGAUUGCUCGGUUGAAUUGAGCACAUUGGGGCAUCAGUUCUUUACGGACAUUUUUGAGAAGUUCGAUCGCGAACAUGCUGGUUUGAGCAAGGCCCAAUUGGACGAUCUCUUCAGCACAUCUCCCGGAAAUCCAUGGGGGUCAAGUCCGCGAUUCCCAGAGAGGAUUGUUACGGAUGAUGAUGGGUCCAUCUCUCUGCAGACCUGGCUCGCACAGUGGAGCAUGACCACGCUGUUGGAUUAUAAAACAACAUUAGCUUAUCUCGCAUACCUUGGCUACCCGCAAACACAGCCUUACCUUACUAGCUUCCCCAAUUCCGCUUCGUCAUCCAAAACAUCAACACCAUCUACUACUACAGCUCUACAGAUUACUACACCCCGUAAAUCAGAGCGCAAGAGAGGGAAAGUUACACGCAACGUCUUCCUUUGCUAUGUCUGUGGUGCAGCUGGUUCCGGAAAAACUUCGUUGCUUCGAGCUUUCCAAGGAAAACGGUUCCAAACAUUCUACGAGCCUACCACCAAACCAAUUAGUGUCGUGAACUCUGUUGAGAUUAAUGGUGCGGAGAAAUACUUGGUUCUUCAAGAAUUCGGGUCUCUAUAUGAGGCAGAUACGCUGCGAAACUCCAAAAAGCUGGACUUGGCUGAUGUGAUAGUAUACGUCUACGACUCGAGCGACACAAACUCUUUUUCAUAUCUCAGUAAUCUACGUCAGCAGUACAACCUAGAUCACAUCCCAAGCAUGUUCGUCGCCACAAAAUCCGAUUUGGACCUUGCUCAGCAGCGACAUGAGGUGCAGCCUGAUGUGUACUGCCGAAGGUUGUCUCUUCAGGUCCCGGUCGCUGUUAGCGUUAAGACAAAUCAAAUAGCAGACGUGUUCCAGGCGAUGUGCGGUGUUGCAAUGCACCCGCUCUCGGCCAUGCCUGGCGGACCGGAUGGCAUUGUGGCCACUGGCCUGCGAAUAAGAUCUUAUUUAACAAUGACAGCUAUCAUUUCUGGGGUGACGUUGGGCAUCCUUGCAUACCGCCGCGGUCCAAGUCCCUUGGGAGUUUCAUGGUUUCUCGGAGGGUCGUGGUUUGGUUGGGUGAUCGGACGCCGUGAUUUAUAG